CUGGGCCUUGCCUGCAUGCUACCAUUUCGGCUCUCACUGUUAACAAGGAGAGCUUUUAGUAGCUCGAUAAGGGCUCAAACAACAGGACUAAAGUUAAAACAUGGACAAAGGAGUAUUUCUACAACUGGCGGGACCAGAUCGUAUGCUUUGACAAGCCCUGGUGUACCAUGUCGAAAACCGUCAGCAAUCUACCAAGCUAUUGGCAAAAGAGCGUUCAGUAACCAAAAAAAUCAAGCUUCAUCAGAGGCAUCAUCAGCAGUAAAGAAAGAGGCAACUGGGAAGACUGUUGAAGCUAAACCUGCUGUAGUGCAGCCAACUCGAAACGCAACGGACAUGGCAAUUAUUAAACAAUUAAUGCGCUAUGUGUGGCCAAAAGACGAUAACGGUGUUAAGGCAAGAGUUGUAAUUGCUCUCGGUUUACUGGUUGGCGGAAAGCUACUCAAUGUCCAAGUUCCAUUUUUCUUCAAAAAUGUCAUUGAUUCUUUAAAUAUCACAUUCGCUGAGGAUGCUACAUUACUUACCAUCUGUGGUGCAGCAGUGAUUGGCUACGGACUGGCUCGUCUCGGGGCUAGCGCAUUCCAAGAACUUCGAAAUGCCGUGUUUGCUGCAGUGGCACAAAAGGCAAUUCGACGUAUUGCCCGCAAUGUAUUUUAUCAUCUUCAUCAGCUUGACAUGAAUUUCCAUCUUACUCGGCAGACAGGAGGCUUGAACCGUGCGAUCGAUAGAGGCACAAAAGGAAUCAGUUUUCUUUUAAGCUCCAUCGUGUUUCACGUGUUACCCACUGCGCUGGAAAUAUCUAUGGUUUGCGGUAUCUUGGCUUACAAUUUUGGCACUUCGUACGCUGCCGUGACUUUCUCCACCAUUGCGGCUUACACAGCUUUCACGGUCAUAACAACAUCUUGGCGAACCAAAUUUCGCAAGCAGGCAAAUGCUGCUGAUAACGAAGCAGCCACUACGGCUGUGGAUUCCUUAAUCAAUUUCGAAGCUGUCAAGUUUUUCAACAAUGAAAAGUACGAAACUCAGCAAUACGAUAAAUCUUUAGCAAAGUAUGAAGAGGCGUCCUUGAAGAUCGCAACUAGUCUGGCGGCCCUCAAUGCUGGACAGAAUGCUAUAUUCUCGUCUGCAUUGACUGCAAUGAUGUUCCUUUCAGCACAGGGAGUCAUGAACGGAUCUUUGACGGUUGGUGAUGUGGUCAUGGUCAAUCAGCUGGUAUUCCAGCUGUCGAUGCCUCUCAACUUCUUAGGCUCGGUAUACCGUGAACUUCGACAAUCCCUAAUAGAUAUGGAUACAAUGUUUAAUCUGGAAAAUCAAUCCGCGGGUAUCACGGAUGCACCCGAUGCAAAGGACAUCAUUUACAAGGGUGGUGAAAUUAAAUUCGAAAAUGUUACCUUUGGAUAUCAUCCGGAAAGACCCAUUCUGCAAAACGUCAGCUUUAUUGUCAACAGUGGACACAAAGUAGCUUUUGUUGGUCCAAGUGGAUGUGGUAAAUCAACCAUUCUUAGACUUCUCUUUCGGUUCUACGAGCCGCAACAAGGAAACAUUUACAUUGACGGCCAAAAUAUCCGAGAUAUCAAGCUGGAAAGUCUGCGUAAAAUAAUUGGGGUGGUUCCCCAAGAUACUACGCUGUUCAAUAACACCAUUUUGCACAACAUCAGAUAUGGGCGCAUCGAUGCUACAGAAGAGGAAGUUCAUGAUGCUGCUCGUCGUGCUGAAAUCCAUGACACCAUUAUGGCGUUGCCUGAUAAGUACAACACGAAAGUUGGGGAGCGCGGCUUAAUGCUGUCUGGUGGCGAGAAGCAACGUGUGUCACUGGCCCGAUCCAUUUUAAAAAAAUCACCAAUUGUUUUCUUGGAUGAGGCGACUGCGGCCCUGGAUACACAUACUGAGCAAGCGCUGCUAAGCAAUAUACGAUCUAUUCUUAAAGAUAGUCAUACUACCAGUUUACACAUUGCACAUCGAUUGCGCACAGUUGCUGACGCUGAUAAAAUCAUUGUGCUUCGUGAUGGUCAUGUUGCCGAAGAAGGUCGCCAUGAAGAUCUGAUGGAUGAUGUGCACAGCAUAUACAGAGAGAUGUGGAAUAAGCAAGAGAAUAGCGAAGCGUAUCUAGCGACCACCUUUGAGGAUCGACCAAAACGUGACACUGCACCUGCCGCCUAAAGUCCUCAGGUUCAGUGGCUGUGUGCCAUACCAUGAAAUGGCAGUUCAGGCAAAGCAAAAGAAACCUUCUAUUAU